AUGGAGAACGGGUCAAAUGACAGCCUGGCGGGUCCAGAGCCCCAAGUUCAACGCCUCUCACUAUCCCCAUAUUGCCCUGCGAGCCUUCUCCCAUCAUCCCAUGCCUCGGGGCGGACCCAACGGCCCGCAACCUUUUUGAUCACACGCUCACCACGAGAACCUGGCACAGGCACAGAAAACCAGCCGCCUACCGCUGGUGAUGAGUUGGCAGGGCCGGCGCGAGCGCGUGGCGCUGUAUCCUCGCAGGAGGCGAGUGCGCCGUGCCAAUCAGCCCCGAAGAAACGGGCUAAAUGUCGCUAUUUUGCUUCCAAGAAGGGUUGCCGUGCUGGCGCGGAAUGUCCAUACAUCCACGAUGCCGCUGGGAUUGAGCAGAGAAAAGCCACACCCAACCAGUCAUCUGGACCUCAAUCAUCGACUAAUGAUGCCCGGACGUCAGAUGCCGGCAUGGCUAGUGCGAUCCAGGACUUGAAGAUUACUGAAGCUGUGUCAAAGCAAGCCGUGACAACGCCUCAAGUGGCCCAGACUCCACGACCGGUCUCAAAGGUAGAGAAGAAUGACCCGAGAGAAUUCCAGCUCAAUCAAUUGAGGCGACGGUUCCGUCCACAAGAGGAGAGUGAUGAUAACGGGUCGACUCUAUCGUUUGGGCUGGCUCCCUCGGACCCCGAUUUUCCUUUUGAAUUGGACGCCUUGCAAUGUAUUCUUCAUGUGCCGAAUACAUACCCUGGCAAGGGACGGCCGAGACUCACUGUGACCAAUCCUGAAAUGGAGGCUGCCUUCCAGGCCAAUGUAUCUAGGGGAUUCGAUGAUAUCGUCGACUACGCGAUUCGGACUAACGCCCGAGGAACUUUGCUCAAUUGGGUGAACACUCUUGAUAGGCAGCUCGAACGGCUUCUGACUACUCUAGAAAGGGGACCCAAGCUUACCUUUGUGGCCAAUGUUGGUAGCAGUCCUGCGAAUCCAGUACCGACGCAACAGCAGAAGCCAAGCUCAGUUGCGACUGUGCAGCCUCGCGCACCUCCUACGGCGUCGGUUUCUGCCACAUCAGUUGCAGCAAGCAAGCCGCCCGUUAUUGCUCCAAGCUACACGUACGAACAAAAGGCCCAAGCCGAGAAACGGAGGUCGAUGGAGACGAAACAACUUGAGGCUCGGCUUGGAAGACUCCCCUUGUUCCAGAAGCGGUCAGAAACCACUUUCAAUAUCCCCAUUCAGCCCACCAAGCAGGAUCGUCUACCGAGGUCACUUCAAAAUGUGAAAACAGUGAAGCUCAUUGUGCCUCCGCUCUAUCCACUGGAGCACAGCUCCAUCGAAAUGCAGGGUGUGGACAACCCCGAAGCCAGAUCUGUGGAAGCCGGAUUUGCGCAAUGGUUCGAUAAGAACACUUCGAUGAACUUGGUAUCACAGAUCAACUACCUGGCAAGCAAUAUGCACAACUUUGCCAAGACACCUCUGCCCGAGGUCGCAGAGCAAGCUCAACACGAACUCGUCCAAGAAGAGGAAGAUACUUCUGCGCAGCAGUCUGAAGAUGGUGUUCCCAUCGAGGCUACAGGAGAUAAGCCUCACUUGCAUGUUAUCCCACGUCCACCCGAGUGGUCCGUCCCCGAGCAACAAAGUGGCAGCGACAUGACCGAAGAAUCCAGCUACGAAGAAGACUCCGAGGAGGACGAGGAGGCCGAAGACUCUGAAGAAGGCGGUGCCCCUGUCCCCGCGGUUCUGGAUACCCCAGGCCGAGGCGUUGCACUUUCAUUCCCAUUCCUGGAACUAUAUGGCAUCGAGUUGUUGGAGAUAGCCCACCUCGCUAUUACUAUCAAGUGUGACCGCUGCAAGGAAUCGAUGGAUAUCAAGAAUGUACCGCAACUUGCGGAUCCCAAGGAUAUGCCGAAGAUCGAGUCUUGCAAGAAAUGCGCCAACUCGAUGAGUAUCGGGUUUAGGAAACAGCUGAUGCAUUCGCACGCGAACCGGGCUGGGUACCUUGACUUGGAUGGGUGUACUGUUUUGGAUCUUCUUCCAAGCAACUUCAUCCCAACCUGCUCCGAAUGCUCUACCACCUACCAUGCCCCGGGUGUAUCAGCCGUCCGCGGUGAGAGCGCCAUGGCAAUUUGCCGACACUGCCACCGCAAGAUGGUCUUCAAAAUGCCCGAGGUCAAGUUCCUGGUCGUAGGUACGGCGGCUAUGUCCUCUCGUGCCGCGCUUCCAUUGAAGAAGAGGCCAAAGGAAGUCCUUGGUAUCGUUGCCGGACAGGAACUUCCCCGGCGCGGUCGGUGCCAACACUACGGGAAGAGUUACCGUUGGUUCAGGUUUAGUUGUUGCGCGAAGGUGUUCCCUUGUGAUAAAUGCCAUGAUGCGGAAACGGAUCAUCCUAAUGAACACGCUAAUCGUAUGAUUUGCGGUUUCUGCUCUCGCGAGCAAAUCUACAGACCAGAGAACUGCGGAAUCUGUAGAGCCGUGCUCAUCGGCAAAGCUGGUAGUGGAUUCUGGGAAGGUGGCAAGGGAACGAGGAAUCGGGCUCUUAUGAGUCGUAAAGAUCCUCGCAAGUAUAAACGGCGUGGCGGGACUGUGCCUGGGGGAUCUAGCUCGAAGAAGAAGUAG